AUGUUGGAUGUAACCCAUUACAUUGAGUGCGCUGCUCACUUUUUUUUUUUUUUUUUUUCCUCAUUUUCUUCAGGUUGUUCAGUUGAGUGUCUGUCCACAGAGUCUCAUCUUCAGGAGUUGAGUCGACUUGAGCAUGUAUGUUGUGCUGCUCUUGGAGUGAACCGGAAAAAUAUCUGCAAUUUUGAAGUGGAAUAUUUGUGUGACUAUAAGCGGGUGCAGGAGGAGGAACUAUACCUUGUGAAGUGGAAAGGCUACUCAGAUUCUGAGUGUUCGUGGGAACCACGUCGCCAUCUCAGAUGCUUCAACCUUCUUCGGCAGUUUCACCGGGACCUGGAACGGGAGCUGUUACGUAAAAAAGUAGUUGCACGCUGCCCCCGCACACUAGACUCCAGUCUCUCACACUAUGUGGUGCUUAAGGCCAAGCAAAGGCAAUGGCUUCGUUUGUGGGAGCAGCAUCUGAAUUCCAAACGAGCUCACCCAGGCCUUAUAACCGUAGAAAAUGAAGUGGAUUUGGAGGGUCCACCCAAGGACUUUGUGUACAUUAAUGAGUACAGAGUUGGGGAAGGAGUGACCAUUACCAAGUCUGCUGUAGGGUGCAAAUGUCGGGACUGUUUUACAGAUGAGCGAGGCUGCUGCCCUGGAGGUUUUCAACACAAAUUUGCUUAUAAUGAAGAAGGACAAGUGAAAGUGAAGCCAGGCUUUCCAAUUUAUGAAUGCAAUUCCCUCUGCCGAUGUGGCCCUUCAUGCCCAAACAGAGUGGUGCAGAAAGGAAUCCAGUAUAACUUCUGUAUUUUCAGGACACCUGAUGGAAGGGGAUGGGGUGUAAGGACACUGGAGAAGAUACGCAAAAACAGCUUCGUAAUGGAAUAUGUAGGAGAGAUAAUCACUUCUGAUGAGGCGGAGCGUAGAGGACAAAUCUAUGACAGACAGGGGGCAACGUAUCUGUUUGACCUGGAUUACAUUGAAGAUGUUUACACCGUAGAUGCUGCUCACUAUGGAAAUAUAUCGCACUUUGUCAACCACAGUUGCAAGCCUAACCUCCAAGUAUACAACGUCUUUAUUGAUAAUCAGGACGAGAGGCUGCCACGCAUUGCGUUUUUUUCUACACGAACUAUCCGUACCGGCGAAGAGCUCACAUUUGACUACAGAAUGCAGGUUGAUCCGGUUGAUGUUGAAAGUACAAAAAUGGAUACCAACUUUGGCUUGGCUGGCUUAACUGGAUCUCCAAAAAAACGCAGAAGAGUGGAAUGCAAAUGUGGGACAAACAGCUGUCGUAAAUACCUCUUUUAA